CAAAUGUCUUACAAACAUCACUAUUGUUAUGUUUUAGAAAUUAUAUUCUAAUAUUUGUGAGUGAUAAUUAUUUCUUGCUUUAUUGUUAAUGAUACAUUGAAAAAUGGAAAAGGAUGAAAAGCGAGCAUCAGUUGAUAACUUCAAUUCAACGGCUGAAUUGACAAGUAAUCCUGGAUUCCAAUCGUCGCUGAGUGUAACAUCGAAAGGAGAUGAAAAUUCAUACAAUCCGUUUGAAAACCGCAAUUUGGAACAUCCUAAUUCGGUUUUUGGAUCAAUUCUCCACCUGCUAAAAGCAUGUCUCGGCUCUGGUAUCCUGGCAAUGCCAGCUGCCUUCAAGAACUGCGGGAUGGUAACCGGCACUAUAGGAACACUGCUCGCUGGCCUCGUUUGCACUCAUACCAUACAUAUAUUCGUGAAAGCAUCACAAAAUAUUUGCAUCGACGCGAAAAAACCUUCAAUGAGUUUCGCUGAAACCUGUGGAGCGGUCUUCACUUACGGACCGAAAAGAUUACAAGCUUGGGGUGAAUUUGUCAAAACUCUAAUAGAUUACUCAAUGACUUUGACAUACAUAAGUGUGUUAUGUGUGUAUAUUGUCUUCAUUGCAUCUUCGUUUAAAGAGGUGCUGGAUGUAGCCUUACCAGAGUACCAAAUAUCCAUUCAGAUGUACUGUUUCCUAACUCUGCUACCUCUGAUAAUAAUCUGCCAAAUACGAAACCUGAAAUAUUUGGUGCCGUUCUCAGCAAUCGCCAAUGUGAUGAUCAUGAUUGUGUUUGCCAUUACCAUGUAUUAUAUGUUCGUGGAUCUACCGCCCUUGAGUGAAAGGGAGAUGGUGGCUGACAUAUCUCAAUGGCCAUUGUUUUUUAGCACUGUUAUUUUUGCUAUGGAGGGUAUUGGCGUGGUCAUGCCAGUGGAAAACGAGAUGGCGAAACCGCAGAAGUUCCUCGGAUGUCCUGGAGUACUGAAUGUUUCAAUGGUCAUUGUGAUAGUUCUAUACGCCAUCUUCGGCUUUUUUGGAUAUCUUCAAUUUGGAGACGACGUCAAGGGCAGCAUUACUUUAAACCUUCCUCAAGACUCUAUUAUCGCAGAAUCCGCCACAUUAUUAAUGGCAGUUGUCAUAUUCCUCUCCUAUGCACUACAGUUCUACGUACCCAUGGAAAUGAUAACACGAUUGCUGAAGAAAAGACAAUCAAACAGAUAUGAGAAUAUCAUACAAGUGGCUAUAAGGAUCACAUUGGUUACUAUUACUGUUGCCAUUGCUGCAGCAUUCCCAAAUUUGGAGUUGGUAAUCAGCUUCGUUGGAGCGGUGUUCUUCUCAACUCUUGGACUUUUCAUUCCAGCAGUCAUUGACACCGUCUACCAUUGGGAGAGAGGUCUUGGGAAAUUCAAUUAUAUUCUUUGGAAGAAUUCUUUGAUUGGUAUUGUUUCAAUUAUUGCGUUGGUAUCUGGAGCAUAUGUGUCUAUUGUUGGUAUGAUACAGGAAUUUUCUGGUGAUCACGACGUCACUUUUAAUAACGAGACUUUAUCUUAUACGUAGCCUUACAUUACAAUGUUGUAAAUAGUUCUAAUUAUAUUUAAUGAUCAUCAUUGCCUGUAAUAUCUACUGCAGGAUGUAGAUCUCUUGAAAGCAAUAUGUGAACCUUCGCUUUCUAUAAUUAGAAAUAAUUAGACUACAGGAUCUGAAGGUCCCAUUCAAAUUCUUUUAAAAUUGAAAUUAAAUGUUCGUUUUCUUCAGAAUUCUCAAUCUAUUUGUGUUUCCACCAUAGGUAAUUGACUACUAAUAAAUAAACAGAUUGCAUCCGGUAACUGAAUAAUCCUGUAUAGCAACAUAGUGGUGCUGUUAUUAUUAUUAUUAUCAAAUUCUUUGCCGUGUCAUGUGCUUGAUACAAAAAAGUAAAAUCGAAUAUGGUAUGUAUCUUGUAGGUAUUGUAAAUACAAUAAAUAGUGAUGAUAUUAUAUUUGUCAACCGUAAUAGAAAUGAAGAGGUUCUCUAAUUGACUGCAUUUUUUUGUUUGUUAUUCUAUAUUUUCACGAAGACUGUACAUAUUUUAGUGAUACACGAAUCCAUACAUAUAGCUAUUCCCGUUUUAAUUAUUACUUGUUAGAACUGAAACUGUUAUUUUUAAGUGAACUAAGACACAUUUGCAACGAGAGUGAUUCUUAUUCUAAUAGUGUAUUUUAUCGAGGCAUCAGUGAAUGAUACAACGUAACCAGAUUACCAGGGAAGAUCUCGUGACCUCAUGGUGGUAACCCAACAGGUUACAUAUAGUGUUAGCAAUGGAGAAAUAGUAUCAAAUACUGAGAAUCCCCUUUACUUAGUGCAAGUUAGCAUUAAGGUUUACAUUACCAACCAUCCGACUUAGGAAUCUUAUGUAUAAAUAUUAAAGUGUUUUAUUUACUAUAAUGAAUAAUGAAAUACUUAUCAUCAUUAUUAUUUAUAACUACAAGUAUCAGAUUAGAAACAUAAUUAACUUGUAUGAUUUUCUAAGAGUGUUAAGCGAUUUGAUGCAUGAAUAAUUUAAACCAAAUUGGAUCUUUAAUUAUAUUUGUGCCAACAUAAAUUUAUGUUAUGAUAUAAUGUGCUUUGUAUAUAUAUCCUUACAAUGCUUUAUAUAUAUAUAUUUCGAAUUUGUUGUAUAGAAUUAUAACAAACUUAAAACGAUUAGAAAUAUGACCAAGUAUGUGAUGAAAUAUAAACUUGACUUAUAGAGUUAUAUAAAAUAUACGUAGAUUAAGCGAUUUUAUUGCGCGUCAUUAUUUGUUAAAUUAGUAAUUAGGAUUUUAUGUACCGUAAUAAUAAAUAUUUAUUUAUGUAUUAUCUACUUUAUGUAGAGCCGUGAAU